UCUGUACAAUAUUAAAGCGGUUCUCAGUGGGUCACUGCGAUCCGAGCAUAGUAUCGCCCGCGCGGCUGUUAAGAUAACGUGUCCCGUACUUGUGUUGGCGCGAAAUUCCAAGUGGUGCCUUCUCGAUUGUAUUUAGCCGUUUGAAAGUGUGUACGCGACUAUGCCGGACCAGGAAAUAGAAAACUACAAGGAUCUCGUCAGCAUUAAGGAUUGGCUGAGCAAGCAGCCACAUUUGCCUCAUGACGUAGACGAGCUACUCCUGCGUCGGUUCCUCGCGAGCUGCCACUACAGCCUGGAACGCACCAAGCGUACCAUCGACUUCUUCUUUACGCUGCGCUCCACUGCGCCUGAGUUGUUCUGCAAGCGAGACCCCUGGGCGCCGGAGAUCAGACGCGUUUUUGAGAUAACUGACAUGCUGCCCCUGCCAGGAAAAACAAAAGAGAAUUACAAGGUGUUCAUUUACCGGCUGAACAACCCUGAACUGGACUUGUUCAACUUCGUGGACGCAGUAAAGGCAUUCUUCAUGUUAGCCGACACCAGGCUGACGGAAGACGACGACAUCCCAGCCGGGGAGAUACCCAUAUUCGACUCCGCCAAUGUCACCCUCAAGUUCAUCGGGAAGAUCAAUCUGUCUGUCUUGAGGAAAUAUAUGCUGUACACACAGGAAGCUAUCCCGAUCCGACUGAAGCAGGUACACAUCAUCAACGCUCCGUCGUACAUCAGCAAGAUCCACGCCAUCUGCAAGCCCUUCCUCAAGGCAGAGGUCGCAAAACUGAUAAAGUUUCACGAGCCCAACUCAACCACGCUGUACAAGGACAUCCCCCAGGAGUUACUACCCACAGAGUACGGCGGACAGGCUGGCUCCCUCGAGCAGAUCAAACGACACUGGAUCAAGAGGAUAGAAGCCAAACGGGAUUGGUUCCUAACCAACGACAAGCGCUGGGAAGUGGACGAGGGACUACGACCCACCAACUGUCGCGACGACAGGACCGACAAGGUCCGGGACCUCCCUGGCUCCUUCCGGACCUUGGCACUUGACUAGCAACUAAAUAUUGCUCAUACUUAUAGACAUAAGCCCAAACUGUGUUGAUUCGACAAGCAUGAAUUCGUUAUUUUAAAAGAUUCCAUGUAAUUGAAUUUUUUGGGGACCAAAGUGGUCUAAAAGUGGGGUUAAUAUGGACAAUUUGUACAUUUCGACUUAACAUGAUGCACUAACUCUUUAAAUAUUGCUGUUUUGAUGAAAUGUGGCCUUUUUGAAUCCCCGGAUUUUAUUAGUUUUCAUUCACUUGUACAUCUAAAUUGUGAUUUCAAGUAUUCUAUAUUACUUACCUUCUUUGUUUUUGUAUCAUGCUUACUACCGAGCUUAAUAUCCGUGAAAUGGCUGUUUAUGAUUGACUGCGAGCGGAUAAAACUUGUUGGUUUAUAUAUUAUUAUUUGCUAUGUACACGAGACAUUGUGAAGUAAGUAGAAAUUAUCUAAAAUAAGGGCAAAUUGUACCAGGCGUCCCAUCCUGCCACAAGAUAGUCUUCUCGAUGUUUCUUUGAUUUCAUGUGGUAUUUUAAAUUAACAUAAGCUCACGACUAUAUCGCAAUUGGGGUAGUCAGUAGAUUCAUCCACUAAUCAUGAACUAAGUACCCACAUCACACCGAGUUUUCGUUAGAUUAAACUGAUAUAUUUAUUACUUAUAUUUAUUACUUAUAUCUAGUUUAAUUAUUUUUUUCUUCAUAUUGUGGAUACAUGUUUAACUUCCUUUUGAGAUAACUUGACACAUUUGCCACACGUAUCGUACCUAUCAAUCAAUGCAAUGCUGAGGAAAAAAUGAAAUUAUUUACGACAUCACAUAAAAACCUCAACAAUAACUAUUUCUCCACUAUUUAAUGGAUGUUAUUAUACAUAACCUUCCUCUUGAAUCACUCUUAUCUACUAAAAAAACCGCAUCAAAAUCCGUUGCGUAGUUUUAAAGAUUUAAGCGUACAUAGGGAUAUAGGGACAGAAAAAGGAACUUUGUUUUAUACUGUGUAGUGAUAAAAAUAAAUUGUUAGAUACUUAUAUCUGUCCGCAAAUUAGAGUAAAACGCAAUUUCUCUUAUAAUGCUUACCUGUUGAGAAAUGAAACUGCAAUGAUCGUAAAUAGCUUACCUAAGCCUGUCGCAAAACUAGCCAGGUGUAGGUACUAUUAGGUAACUAUUAGUAAUAUCAUUUGUCAUAGUCUAGUUAUGAAAUUAGAUUAGUAAUUAUUAAAUAAACUACGCGUUGCUUAAAUCAUUAAGUGUAUCGUACAUUUAUAGAAAGUUGUAAGAGUUAAUUAGUAUUAUGCCAGUGGCGUCUCGUCGUUCAAUUAAGAGUACUUUGCUUGGAUAGGUUACCUUGAAGACAUAAAUCAAUAUUUUAGUUACCAAUUACCAAUUAAAUAUAGCAACACAGCGGAAAAUAGCACAGUGUCGUGUAAAUUUAUUGUGCAAAUAGUUUGUGUUUUGUUUAGAAAUAUUGUGAUAAAUAAUAAAACGAAAGUCUGUAACAUAGUACUAAAUAAAUAAACAGAAACAUGAUUCAAUAUUACAUUAAUAUAAAAUGCGAGUGUUACGGACAGUAGAGAAAAUGAGGUCGCGGCUGGAGAUAAUGCGCGCAGGACCCGCUAGUUGCGAACCCGCAAAUUCCAAUAAGACUCCGACUUGAAACGGCAUACGACACUUCUCUCAUUUUACUUACGAUUAUUUUUCUGUUUGUUUACUUGUUUUUUCAUAAAGUCUCUUUAUCUAAGUAGUAUUUUUGUUAAUGUUUUUUACUGUAAAUGGUUGAUCAAUAAACCAAUUCUUCACUUGUA